UGUGAGAAGAUUGUGAGCGAUAGCUGCUGCGUUGAUAUUUCGCAAAACGCUUUUGUUGCUCUCGUACGCACACCGGAAGUUUGUUCCUUUAUGAUGAUCAGCCUAGGUUUUCGACAAUUAAAUGUCUUUUACAGCGUUUAACUGACUCAAAACAGCCAUGUGUUCAACGCGCCGCGUAUGCGUCUUUUGUUUAUGUCUGUGAAGUCAUAAAUAAUUUCGGACGUUCAUUAUUAGCUGUAAGCUGUUGAUUCCCAGAGUUCAUCCAAAGCAUUGUGGGUACUUCCAUAGACUCUACAUGGGGGUUUGGCUUUGUUUCUACUCUGUUCUACAUGAAGGCUGCAUGUAUUACAACGUUGUGUGCGUGAUUUAGUCACGGAAGGUCGAAGGAAUACGUUGUGUUCAUGCUUCCAGAAUGACUGGGAUUGUAUCAAUUUCUGUGGCAUUAUAUUCCUACCUAUGACAAGACGGUGCAGCGCCAUAACGCCGCACCGAUAGUGAGCUAAGCCUAGUGAGUAGGCCUAACUUCUCGGUGUUCGGAGGUGCAGGGAUGCAGAAACGUGAAUCCAAAGAAAAAGAAACUCGAGACGAAGCAUACCGACGAGUUAGCAAGACUGGAGCAAGAGCUAUGCAUUCCCAGACGAGGCCGACUGGCUCCAGUAAUUCUGGUGUUCUCAUGGUGGGACCUAACUUCAAAGUUGGCAAGAAGAUCGGCUGUGGAAACUUUGGAGAGCUCCGAUUAGGAAAAAACCUGUAUAAUAAUGAACAUGUUGCUAUUAAAUUGGAACCAAUGAAAUCUAAGGCACCACAGUUACAUCUAGAAUACAGGUUUUACAAGCUACUAGGAAAUCAUGAAGGCAUCCCCAAAGUGUUCUACUUUGGUCCCUGCGGCAAAUACAACGCUCUGGUCAUGGAACUGAUGGGGCCCAGUUUAGAAGACUUGUUUGACCUGUGCGAUCGCAAGUUUUCACUCAAAACAGUGCUCAUGACGGCCAUUCAGCUGCUCCACCGCAUCGAGUACGUGCACACCAAGCACCUCAUCUACCGCGACGUAAAGCCAGAAAAUUUUCUCAUCGGGCGGCAGUCGACUAAGAAGCACAACAUAAUUCACAUAAUUGACUUUGGCCUGGCCAAAGAGUACAUUGACCCUGAAACGAACAAGCACAUCCCUUACCGGGAACACAAGAGCUUGACGGGCACAGCACGUUACAUGAGCAUCAACACACACCUUGGGAAAGAGCAAAGUCGGAGAGACGACCUUGAAGCCCUAGGUCACAUGUUCAUGUACUUCCUGCGAGGCAGCCUCCCAUGGCAGGGCCUCAAAGCAGACACACUCAAAGAGCGAUACCAAAAGAUAGGAGAUACCAAGAGGGCCACCCCCAUCGAGGUUCUCUGCGACGGGUUCCCAGAAAUGGCGACCUACUUGCGGUACGUGCGGCGGCUAGACUUCUUCGAGACUCCCGACUACGAGUACCUGAGGAAGAUGUUCCACGACUUGUUUGAACGGAAGGGUUACGUUGACGACGGGGAGUUUGACUGGACGGGGAAGCAAAUGUCAACUCCCGUGGGUUCCCUACAGACUGGGCAGGAGGUGAUAGUGUCACCAAACAGGGAGAGGCACACCACGUCCAACACGAGGGCAAAUCCACAGAAGACUGCGUGGCUGGACCAGGCAGCGACGGGGCCCAAGCAGACGGGCAACACGCUGCUGGCUGAGAAACUGGCCCAUCAGCACGGAUCCGUUCAGGUCGUGAGCUCGACGAACGGGGACCUCGGAAACGAUGACCCCACCACGGGCCAUUCUAACACCCCCAUUGCCCUCCCCGUCGAAGUAGAAGUGGUCUCAGACACCAAGUGCUGCUGCUUCUUCAAGAAGAAGAAAAAACUUGGCCGUCAAAAGUGACUGGCGGCUGGCACCCCCGACCAGGAAGCUGUGCUCCUGCGUACUUCCCCUUCAGACUCUAAAGAGAGCGCUGUGGGACCCCCACCGGGUGUCCCUCCCACCAGGGCCGUCAUCACCGCUGCCCUUUGAAUGACGCCCACUUUUCUGUUCCCUCACCACCGCUUGCCACCUCUCCCCCAAAAUACCGCUUCCCCUCCUCUUCCCCCCUCGUGUGGAACGGCCGUUUUUGCUGGACAAUUUUGCCGAAGGAGUCGCUACAGCAGACCUCGUAUUACGUUACGUCCCCUUCACCGUUGUUUAACUUUUGAGACGCUGCUUCACUUUAUUCUUUUUAUUUUUUUUCCCAGUCGCUACCCGAAUUUUAGCCGAAUUUCUCGUAUUUUCGUCUCAACCGUCUUUCUGGGUUAGCUGGAGGUAGACUCGCUGGCGAGCUGCACUUGCGGAAUAAGCCGAAAUAUGCUCGAGACUAUGGAAGGGACGAUUGCUGUAGGUCUGACAAGAUGGCAUCGUUGUUACAAAGUUCCUCUCUCCCUCUAUUUUUUUUUAUUAUUAUUUUUUUUUACUUUCUGUGUAUAUGUAAGAUACAAAAAAAAAAAAAAAAGAAAUUCCAGGAUUGAUCAUGUUGACAAUACGCCGUGUUGUUUGGAAAAACAGGUGCACCUUUAGAGGGGGAGACGCGACUUCGAGUGCGCGGCGCACGUCGGUAGGGGAACGGGUAAAGACGCACAGGAGGGAUUCUGUUGCGCGUCGCGCCCCGGGCAUUGUCGGUUCCAGGAUGGGUUCAAGCCGAGAUGGUGUUCUGCGUAGAAGAAAGUGGAAGGAGCUCGCAGGGGGGCGGUGUUUGGGGGAGGGGGGAACCUGUGCCUUUUUUGUUCUCUGGGUCAGAGAGUGCUCCAUUUCUUUUUUUUUUUUUUUUUGCAGACGGUUGCUUGGUGUAACGCUCUAGGCCACCUGUGUACAAAUUGUAAAGGAUAGUUUUCGUCUUUCCGUCUCGGUUUGCGCUUCUCCCUUAUCGAUUUUUUUUUCUUCCCCACCACGGUUCGUCUGCUAAUGCGUAGGUCGGUGUUAUCGCGGCGACAGACUGUGGGGAGAGGAGGACAGGUGAGAAGGGGGGAGAGACACAUCUUUGGACUAUGGCGCAGUGGACUCUUUUUCUGCGUUGUGCGCAUGCAUUGUUGUAUCAUACAUUUCCUUGUAUAUAAGAACACAUGGGAGCUUCGUGUAGCUCUGCCUCGUCAUUUUUCUUUCUCUCUCUCUUUUUUUUUUUUAUUGCUUAGGUACUUUUUUUUUUUUUUCUUUUUUCGUCUGAAAGCCCUAGUGUGAACUGCACGCUUCCCUGACGCCGCUUUUUUCCCCCACGUUGUCGAAGGGUGUUGUCGUACCGGAGUUUUAAAAGCCAGGAAAAAGAGACUAGGGGCGAAAAAAAAAAAAAAAACAUGUAUGAAGAGUGUCUGAAUAGUGUGGGCGUAUGAGAUUCUUUUCCCCCUCAAACGUAGUACCUAUUAUUAUCUGGAGGAAAAACUCGAUAGAAAAAUCAUGGAACGUCCCGUACGUAUGUGUGUGUAUCUAAGCUUAACUUUCGUUAGGACAAGGACUGUUUAGGAGGAAAACUAUUUUCUACAACAAAGUUUCAUCCAAAAAUUUUCACUGGUUAACACGCUCGCUUGCAGCUGGUUUUUGUACGUGGGUCUCAUAAAGGCGUCUGCAAUUAGUCGCUAGGGUAGCUGCAUGAGACUUGGCCGUCUUGCUGUGCGUAUCUGAUAAAUCUGCAGCACGUGGCACUUCAUCAAAGCACCCAUCAGGCCGCUGGUGUAACGGCAAUAACUCGAUGCCAGGAAGUCUGUCUUAUUCGUAGGAUCCUCUCGAAUCACGAUAUUUCAACACCAGCCAGUGACGUACUUAGUGGUAAUCAUACAAAAGACAUCAUCACGCAGCAAGAUUCUUUUCGCCUGUCUUACGACUACUUGUCAGAUUUUUUUAUUUUUUUUUUCUGCAGGGAACGGUACCACUAACCUACAGUACCGUGAUACCGGUGUGUGUCAGUCUUCAUUGCUCUUUUUGGGGGAGUCGUGUCUGUUGCUCACAACUUCAGAUUUAGGAUUUUAUUUAUAUUUUUUUGUCGCAUCCCUACAAAAAAGCCUUGGUCCGUUUGUUUUUAGGUAUUGUACACUUUGUCAACGCUGUGCACUCAUUAAGUUAUUGUAAUAUAAGCUUUCUUGUAUGUUGAAAGAGGCUGUUUCGAAGCAUCACCCGGCACCUGCGUUGGAGCAGUCAAGUGAUUGCAUGAGCCACGUUAGAAAGAGAGAAAAAAAAAACGAAGGUUAUAUAAGGUAAUGCCCUCUGUCUGCAUUUGUUGUAUAGUAAUAAAUGCUUAAUGAAUGAC